AUGUUUUAUCAUAUUUUAGCAAUUUUUGGAUCAAGUAUUACAAGAAGAGAUAUACAUACAGAAGAACAAAAUUCUAUAUUUUACGAUUAUAAAAAUAGAAAAGUGCAUGAGUUCACAUCAAAUAAUUUAUCGAACUAUCACUUUGGGCUCUGUCAUAGCAAAGAAUUGCCGAAUGAUAAUUACGUGAGAACACAAAACCCAUCUAAAUAUUACUUUGAUCAAAACAAUCUUUCUAACAAGACCGAAUCUUAUAAAUUUAUUGAUCAGAAUUUUGACAAUAAUUAUGUGCUGGAUCUUUCGUUACCCAAAUUUUCAUGUAGUAGUCAAAGCAAAAAUUACAUGUUUGCGACAUCUCGUAGCAAUAUAUGUGAUAAUCAAGUUUUUAAUAAAAAUAAGAAGAGGGAUUUUUGCAAUAAUUACUACUCAAUGUAUUUUACAACUGGGAUCAUAUCUAGAGAAAAUAAUAAUAUAGGCUUACAUUGGAAAAAAGAAAUUUUAAAAAAGCAUAAACUCAAAAGAACAAAUGAUAAUCAGUUUAUAAAAGAAAAACAGCCGAUUUCUUUUGUAAAUCAGUCAGCAAAUCUUCAGCCUAAUAUUUCUGCUGAGGUAUACACAGAUAUCACUUAUGAAUCUAAAACUUUAGGAUUACUUUUUUAUAAGCUCCAAAAGAGAUUAGACGCUUCAAAAGAUCAAUUAAAAAAUUGUAAAAAUUAUUUUAAUGACAAAAUGUAUCAAAUGUCUGCUGAACUAGCAAGAAAAAAUGUAUCUUCGUGUUUCGUCAUAAAAAAUAAAUAUAAAACUUUUAGAAAUAGAUUUAAAUUUCCUAGAAUAAUCAGAUUGUGCAAAGAAACAAUCCCUAAAGUAACAAAACUUACAAAAAACCUUAAAGAAAUUUCAAUUUCUGAAUAUGACAAACGAAACACAAUUUGUAAUUCCUUGAAUUUUAUAAAAGACUAUUUAAAUUUUUUUAUCAAGCUAAAAAAGUUUUAUAAUCGUCAAUUAAGGACGUUUGAUGUUGUUCUUGAUAAAAUUUUUUUAACAAACGAAAUAUUUAAGAAUUUAAUAAUCAAUGUCCCUAUGCUUAAGAUGCUUAAUGAUAUUAAAAAUUUACUAAAUUUAGGCUUAGGAUCUAGUUUAGAUAGUAGAACAGAAAUAUCUAUUUUGCAAAAAGAAAUUUUAAAAAAUGUUCUUAUAUCAUUUUCGUAUAAAGAUGAAAAGUAUAAAAAUUUGCAAGAAAUUGUAAAGAUGAUCAUAAACUAA